UCAUGCUGCUGCCAGGUCCAGAGUCUCUCAUGGGUCCCUGUACGGCCUCCCAUUGCUGCUGUCUCCAUCGCCACACUCUGCCAUGUGCCACUUUCAGGUCUCCUCACACUGCUGGUGUGUUCCAUUUUUUGUCAUAGGGUGCUGGCAGAUUACGGGCCUCCCAUUGCUGCUGCCAGGCCCCUAAUCUGCCAUGGGCCCCUGUACCGCCUCCUCAUGCUGCUGCCAGGUCCACAGUCUCUCAUGGGUCCCUGUAACGGCCUCCCAUUGUGCUGCUGUCUCCAUCGCCACACUCUGCCAUGUGCCACUUUCAGGUCUCCUCACACUGCUGGUGUGUUUCCAUUUUUUGUC